CACUCACAAAGAUUUGCGGCAAAAUAGGACUUCAGUUCUCCCUCGAGCCUUUAAUACUUCUGGCAGGUGAUUCACCUGAGGAGAAGGAGCUCUUCAGUCUCCCCCGAGCUUCUAAGCAGCAGAAGCAAGACCAACCCAACUGCGUGCUACCACAGGUGAAUAGGCGGCGGCUCCUCCUCUUCUUCUGCAGAUGUCUUCUCUGCAUGGACCAGCUACAGAUCUCUGAACAGUGAAAUCACUUCUUUUCAGGUGCAAUGUAUUCCGGCAACGCGGCGCGUAUUUACAAUCCCCAGCCGGACCCGCUGGAGCGCGGACCACCAAAGCGCGUGCUGCGUGAAGAGCAGCACAUUGGUGAGAUGGUGGCAGCCUCCAAGAAGCGCGUAACGUGGCGCUUUACGCUGGGCGAGUCGGACCGCACACACGAGGUUGUGCUGAUCCACUCAAUUAUGAGCUACAAGAAGGUGGUUCAGUACGACGGCCGCCAAAUGCAUUUCUCGUCAACGGCAACGUUGGGAGACUGGAACUUUUCCAUGAUCCUGGACGGACUUAACAUGGUCAUGGAAGUCCGCAUCAACGACAUGGAAUCGGCCGAAGUGCCGAAAUAUGACUUUGUCAUUGACCGGAUUCCGUUCCGUCGCUGGGAUGUCUACCGUCGCAAGAAACACGCGAUCACUACGGCCACUUAUGCGCAACCGAGUGCUCCUUCUGGAAAUGCGUAUGGAACGCACCGCUGGGGACCGAAUGGAGCUACGCCACCGUCCCAGAAUGAACCUCAGCCGUCUGGUGGGUUGUUCUCGGGUAGCAAUCCAGGAUCUUUCACGGGGAAUAAUCCAGCAUCGGACCGCACGCAGAGCUUUGGUCAUCAGGGUGCUCGAUCGCGCUCGUCGUCAGGACAUAGUACCGGUAGUAAUGGACGCACCCGCAGCUUUUCAGGACAACAGAAUGGGCAGCAAAGCUUUAGUGGGCAGCAGAGUGGACAGCGCUCGUCUUUGCAAGAGCAGAGAGCUCCUAACACGACAGCAUCGAACUCUAAUCGACAACCACCUCCGGCUCCAGCAGCGCAGAAGCCCAAGAAGCAGUCUGAAAUCAAUCUCAUUGACGACUUUGGUCCAAGUGUGAGUGUUUCUGCGCAGUCGUUAAUCUUCGAUCCUCUGGCCAGUGCUAAGAUAUCAUCUACUGGAGAUUCAAUAGCCUCAAACUCGUCGCAGCAACAAGUACCACAACACCAGCAGCAACUAGCGCCACCAGCUGCCGCGAUUCCCCAGCCAGCGGCUUAUGUCGAUCCGUUUGCUUCCGUUGCAGCACCAGUUAUGACAAAGCCUGCCAGUAGCAUCAAUUUGGACCCAUUCGCAGCUCAAAACGCAAGUAGCUACCAGCAGCCUCCGCAGCAACAACAGCAACAACCGAUUCGUCAAAUGACAAUGGGGUGUCAGCAGCAGCAAACGGGUAUGCCGAUGGGAACUCCUCUGGGAGGAAUGGCGAUGCAGCAACAGGGAAUGCGAGGUUGUAUUACGGGGCAACAACAGCCUGUUGCUUCCGGAGGUAUGGGCAACGUGAAUUACAGCAUUUCUCAGCUCAUGAACCCGGCAAACCUCCAAACCAGCCAGCAGAACCAGCAGAGCAAGUCCAUUAACAUUGAUCCGUUUGCUAGCCUAAGCCGUUAGCAUCACGAGGCAAGCGAGCGAUGAGAAUUCGCUAGGACAUGUUGAUGUCAGAUCAAUGUCGAAAUGAAACCAGUAUUCGAAUGAUAGACACGUUCUCGAAGUACU